AUGGCAGAGCCGGGGAUGAAACGCGGGAGCCCCGGGGAUUUCCCAUUCCCAAACUUCGGCCGGAUGGAGGAGGAGAGGGCUGUGAGCAAGAAGAAGAUGCCCUGGGAUACCAAGGCAGACAAGGAGCCGAGGAUGGAGACGAGGGAGGACAAAUCCCCGCGGCAGAACCUCGUGGAAGAGGCACAGGAAUCCAACGGGGAGGAAAAGCCGUGGAGAUCCCGCACGAGGAGGGGCUCCAAACGCACCCCAGGGAGCUCUGAGGAGGAAAGACCCACCCAGCGCCAGGAAGGCGGACAGAGCUCUGAGCUGGUGGUCCACGAGCAGCUUCAGCAAGUCAAGAAGCACCACCAGUGCUCGGAAUGCGGCAGGAGUUUCUGCACAAACUCCCGCCUGCUCCGCCACCAGAUGAGCCACACCGGGAAGCGGCCCUACGAGUGUGGGAAAUGCGGGAAGGGCUUCAGAGACACCUCCGACCUGAUCCGCCACCAGAGGGUCCACACCGGGGAACGGCCCUACGAGUGUGGGGAGUGUGGGAAGACCUUCACCCUGAGGUCCCACCUGCUCGUCCACCAGAGGAGCCACACUGGGGAGCAGCCCUACCAGUGUGGGGAGUGUGGGAAGAGCUUCAGCCUGAGCUCCAGUUUGAUCCGCCACCAGAGGAUCCACACCGGUGAACAGCCCCAUAAAUGUGAAGAAUGUGGGAAGGGCUUCCUGAAGAGCUGCCACCUCAAGCGCCACCAGAUGAUCCACACUGGGAUACGACCCUUCGCGUGCGGGGAAUGCGGGAAGAGCUUCCGCGACAGCUCCGGCCUGAUCAUGCACCGGACGUUGCACACUGGGGAGUGCCCCUACACCUGCUCAGAGUGUGGGAAGGGCUUCACCUACCACUCCAACCUGGUCGUCCACCAGAGGACCCACACUGGAGAGAAGGCCCUGUGAGUGUCCUGAGUGCGGGAAGAGGUACCAGAGCAAAUACAGUCUCCUCAACCAUCAGAAGGAUCACGCAGAGGAGGGGCCCUUCCGCUGCUCAGACUGUGGGAGGAGCUUUAAGAAGAACCCCGCCUUCGUCAACCACCGGCGGAUCCACGCCAGAGAGAGGGAAGAGCUUCUCCCAGAGCUCUACUGUGACCCAGCGGGCAGUGGAGGCACCGGCGAGGGAAGCCCUACAAGUGCCCCGCACGCAGGGAGAGCUUUGUGCGCUGCUCCAGGUCCACACCUCGUUGGAGGAGCCCCCAUUGCACGAUCCACGGUUGCCCCCGUCGGGCAGAGACUCGGUGAUCCGUGGUCCUGGGGAUCCAUGGUGGGGAGACAGCUCCACAACUUCCUGGCUCACUCUGGGCACCUGGGGGCAGCGGAACAAAAAUCCAUUGGGAUGCAGACUGACAUCAGGAGUUUCUUGGGGACGGUGGGUUUUUUUUUUACUUGUGACCCCAAGAAAUCUCACCUUUGGCAUCCAGUCGUUUCUUCUGAUGGCAUCGAGGAAUACUGAGUGGUCUUGGAGGUCUUUUCCAACCUAAAUCAUUCCGUGAUUCUAAUUCUCUCUGGCCCUUCCACAGGCAUCUUCCACAGCCAAGUGGUGAUGGACUGGGGCAAAAACCCAAGGUUUUGGAGACAAUGGAGUGGAAACUCCUCUAAAAAGGGGUUCUUUCCACCCACCCGAGCACAUGGAUACUCAACCAGCAUGGGCGCGUCAAUCCUUUUAUUUAAUUUUUCUUUCAUUUUUCUUCAUCCCUUCACCCAACGUUGGUGUAAAAAUAAAGACCUUGAACUAA